AUGACAGCGCUACAUGGUCAACAGUCAAUUUAUUGGACGAAACUUUUGGUGCACGCAAAAGUUGAUUUUACAAACAUAAAAUGUGAAGCCGUGGAUGAGGCCUACAACUCAGUUAAAUACUGUUAUAUUCGGGCAGUAAAUCGCACUUACAAAUAUUUGUCGGUGGCUAAUUAUUUCCACUCGAAUGAGCCGAAAAAUAAUUUAUCAGUUAAUGUUGCUACGCUAAAACGCGCCAAUGGUUAUAAGCCCUUCCUCUAUAAUGUCACAGUGGAUGUCUGCAAAUUUCUUCGCACCGGUGGCAAUAACCUGCUGCGUUUCUUAUAUAGUCUCUUUCACAAAUACUCCAAUAUCAAUCACACUUGCCCUUAUACCCAUGACAUUGACUUAAACAUGUUGCCGAUAAGUCACAUCGAUAAUUUGAUGACUAAUGUGCUACCAGUUCCAAAAGGCGAUUACCAACUCGUAGCAUCAUGGUACACCUACAAUGUUUUGCGCACUGUGGUUAGGGUUUAUGUAACACUGUCUUAG